AUGAAAAUAAAUUUGUUUUUCGUACCUGAUCAUGAAAUGACAGGUGAUGGACUUGGAGAUGACAAUCAGAAAGAUGAUGAUGACAGUGAUUUUGACAUAGAUGAAACUGAUCUUGAAUCAUAUUCAACAGUACUCGAAGCUAAUGAAGAUAUCGAUGAAUUUCAAAUAUUUUGUGAAAGUUUACAAAAACUUCAAUCGGAUACAACUGGUUAUAAUCAAGCUUUAUUACAAAAUCUUACUGCUGAACAACGAACACAAAUUCAAAAUAUAAUUCAUUAUACAGAAAAACGAAAACAAGAAAAAGAAUCAAGUAAAAUCCGUGAAGCUGGUGGUUAUAAUUUUUCUCAAGCAGCUAUUGGUGGACAACCGACGAAUUUCAAUUUUGGUGGUUCAACGAAUACGUCAUUUCAAAAUCCGAAAUGA